GUUGUCUUCAAUUUUAUUUAUUGUCAAUAUCUAUUCCAUUGAUUUUCGUUACAAUAAAUUGUGUACCGGCGAAUUUAAUAUUGGCUCUGGAACAUUUUAGGAACAGAAAGUUCAAUUAAAUGAAAUAGUGCGAAAUGAUGUCCGGGGGUUAGUUUACAUUCGUAACGAUUCAGUUUAAAGAUCACCCAGUUAGAAAAACAGAGCCCACAAUAAAUCAUGAUGCUAUCUGAAUAAUGUCUCUAUUGAAGGCUACAGGAAUUUUAUUAGUAUGUCAAACCGAGGACUUAUUGAUCGACAUCUUAGUUGGCUCGGUUUCUUUUUAUGGAAUUUGUUACGUACUUCGAAACCGAUUCUUAGCGUACAGAAUUAUUCCGUGGCUAGUACUACGAUCCUGCUGACACUAAGAAUCCUUCCAGGUCGGAGACUGGCUUGUAAGGCCAUUGAUCUGCCAACCCGGUAGUUGAUCAGUUCUGGCAUGAAAUGGUAAAAGUUACGGGUCCCGUUUCUGCAACCGUUCGUGCCGCACUGGAACAGACAAAAUUCAUACAUGUUGGUUUGAAGUUUCUGGAUGAUCAGGUAAUCGACACAGUGGAAGCGGACAUUCGUCGUCUACCGGCAAUGCUGCGAAAAUCCGAAGACGAAGUCGCUCAAAUGCUAGCGUACCCAGGAGAUAUUAACGAAUUUCGUUUCAUGGUCGGUGAGCGAAGCGUGAUGAAGUUAAUAGCAGAGAACGUGCGGCAAUUUGGUUUUAAUUGCUUCUACAAAAUGUCACUGAGCGGGACUCAGAGGUCUGUCGAACAACAAACUUAUAUUGCCUGUAUGGAUAAUGCGCAGCAAACUACCAGUGAUUCUGUGAAACCAAAGAAACAAAGGUCCUACAGCACUUCAAAACGGUCUAGUUCAAGUAUUCCUUGGGUACGAAUUUCCGCCAACUCUGUGGAUGACAACCGAAUACUGAAUGUAGAGGAAGAAGAAGUCAAAAGUAAAAUUCGCACUUAUUUUGAAAAAAAAUGCGACGAAAGCGAAGAACAAGUACUUUUCUGUCAGCAACUGGUCGACAUUAGGGUGGAAGUCGAGCAGGAUAGCUGCGGUGACAUGGCACGCAUCACCUGUCCUUUCUGUGAUCAGGUGACCGCUCAGAUUCGACGGGACAAAUCUGGCAGCUGGAAAAUAUCAAACUUUUCGGCUCAUAUCAAAUACCAUCACAAUGAUCUCAACUAUCCGGGAAAGAAGUCACUCCUGGAAAUAUCUGACACAGAAAGUAGACCGAAAAGUAGGUCGGCUCGGAAAAGAUCUCGCAGCAUCUUUUCCAUGCAGGAUUUCGUUGAUGCGCACUGCGAACAGACCGUUGAUCAGCUGGAUUCGGCCAUUAAAAUCGAAGUGUUAGAGGUGUGAAUUAUCAGUAUUUAAGAAUAUAUUUAAUGUAAAGUUUUAUUAUCGAACUAAUUAGUUACGCUAGCAAUCUCUAAAAAUUGAAAAUACUUUUCGUAAAUAGAAAUA